AUAGAAGAUGGCCGCUUUGAGACCUCAGAGCUGGUGCUGCAGCCGACCCCGUCCUCCGACCCUAACGACCCGUUGAACUGGAGUCGUGGUCGUAAAUUGGCCAACUUUGUCCCCGCCCUCGCCAUCACAGCAAUCAUCUUUACCCAGACAUCCCUCCCCAUCCUGUUCUGGGUUCUUUGGAUCCCCGAGUUCGGCUGGACCUAUGGCCAACUCAACGCUGCCUCUGCCGUCAACUACGUUGGAACGGCUGUAGGCUGCAUCCUGUUUAUCCCGCCAGCGGUAAAGUACGGCCGACGGUCCAUGUACAUCCUCUCUACCACCAUCAUUCUCGCCAUGGCAGUCUGGUCGGCCUGCUUAAGCAGCCUUCCCGAGUUAUUUAUCUCACAGCUAUUGUUCGGCCUCGCAAAUGCUACCAAUGAGACGAUUGUCGAAAUGACGGUCGCCGACUUGUACUUUGUGCACCAGCGUGCAACCGCCAAUGGCCUUUACAUGGUCAUGGUGAUGAUAGGAAGUUUUCUAAGCCAAAUUAUCGCCGGAUACAUGUCGGCCGACGGUAACUGGAGACUAUGCUACUGGGUUCUCUUUGCAUUUGAGGCUGCGCUGUUAAUCUACUUCUGCUUGUUUUUCGAGGAAACCAAGUACAUCCCUUGUAUCGAAGCCAGACGCCUCGAGACGGCAAAAGUCAGACAAGCUUCAAGCAGCAAGAAAGACGCAGGUUCAGCAUCCGAGAACCAAGAGGCAGAGCAAGGCUCACCUAUCAUGCCUCAAGUCUCAGAAGCCGGGACUCAUCGUAUUGACCCCAGCAUUCCCCUGCUCACUUGGCGACAGCGAAUGCGCCUCGUCACGAAAACGGAUCAGAGCCUGUUGAGUAUCGCGUGGCAAUCGGUUGUUAUCAUGUGCCGGUUCCCAGCAGUCAUGUACACGGCUCUGACGUACGCUUUCACCGUUGGUUGGAUCACGGCCCAAGCUUCACUCAUCUCGAUUGUGUUUACGCAACCACCAUACAACUUUGGUACAGUUGGUGUUGGCAACAUGAACCUAGGCAUCUUUGCCGGUUGUAUCCUGGGGUCGAUAUAUGCUGCGCUUUCUGAUAGGACUGUGGUUUGGUUUGCGCGAAGAAACUAUGGCUAUUACGAGCCUGAGAUGCGCCUUCAACUCAACCACCUCCCUGCUCUCUGCCUGGGUGGUGGAUUCAUCAUGUUUGGUGUGACAGCGACCAAGGGCAUGCAUUGGAUCUUUCCCAGUAUCGGAAGUGCCAUAUUUGGCUUCGGGAUUGGCGGUCUCGGUGACGUCGCUCUUUGCGUCUUGAUCGAUAGCUACCAGGCUGUAACUGGCGAGGCUUUCAUUGGAGUAGCUUUCAUUCGAAACUGCUUCAGCAUCGCCAUCUCCUUCGCCACGGUCCCAUGGUUGGAUUCUCAAGGCCUACAGAACAUGUGUAUUGUAAUGGGUGUUUUGGCUACGGUAACGGGCUUUCUUCACAUCCCAUUGCUCAUGUGGGGGAAGAAGAUUCGCGAGAGGACGGCUGAAAGCUACGAGAGGUUGGUCAAGGAAAGGGAAGGUUCUCAUCUUUAA